AUGGGUUACCGCGGGGACCGGCACUUCCCCUUCCUUCUCCUCUCCAGUCUCAUCUUCUUCCUUCAAGUGGCAGUAUUCAAAUCUUAUGCUGCCGAUCUCGCCCUGGGAUCCGUCCUCCGCCCCAGCGACUUCAGCUCCCCGUGGGUCUCCCCCAGGAAGACCUUCUCUCUCGGAUUCUUCGCCGUCGACCCGACGAACACCUCCCUCUACGUCGUCGCCAUCGCCCUCACCGGCGGCGUUCGCAUCUGGACGGCGGGGGGCCGGAGCCCUUUGGCUGCGGUCGACUCCGCCGGUUAUCUCCACCUCCAGCCCGACGGGAACCUCCGCCUCGUCGACGGCUCCGGCGCCAUCGUCUGGGAGACGGGCACCGCCGGCCGUGGGGUCACGGCGGCGGCUCUCCGAGACUCCGGCAACUUCGAGCUCAGAAAUGGCAGCUCCGUCGUCUGGGACUCGUUCUCCCAGCCCACGGACACCAUCGUCCAGACGCAGAACUUCAGUUCGCGGAUGGUCCUUCGUUCCGGCCCCUACUCCUUCUCCCUGAAACGAACGGGGAACCUCACCCUCAGGUGGAACGACACCAUCGUCUACUACAACGAGGGCCCCAACACCACCUCUCUCAUGACCAAUACCUCCAUCACUUCUCCCGGCCUGAGGCUGGAGAUCAAUGGAAUCGUCAGCCUCUCCGAUCCCUCCUUCUCCCAGCCCUCCAACAUCGCCUACAGCAGCGACUUCGGAGACAACAACGACCUCUUCCGCUACCUCCGGCUGGACGACGACGGCAACCUGAGGGCUUACAGCUACAUGCUGGCCAGCAGGCAGGAGACGGCCAGGUGGUCGGCGGUGACGGACCAGUGCGAGGUCUUCGGCUGGUGCGGCAACAUGGGCAUCUGCAGCUACAAUGACACAGAGCCCUCCUGCGGGUGCCCCUCCCAGAAUUUCGAGUUGGUGGACCCCGGCGAUCCUCGGCGCGGCUGUAAGCGGCGGCAGGAGCUCCGGGACUGCCCCGGGAGCUCCACCAUGCUGAAGCUGGAGCACACCCGUUUUCUGACCUACCCCCCCGACAUUGAGGUCGAGGUGUUCUUCGUCGGGAUUGCGGCGUGCGAGCAAUAUUGCCUCUCCGGGGCGUCCUGCGGCGCCUCCACCUCGCUCGCCGACGGCACCGGGCUGUGCUACCUGAAGGUGUCCAACUUCCUGAGCGGCUACCAGUCGCGGGCGCUGCCGAGCACCUCUUUCGUCAAGGCCUGUGGACCGGGCGUCUACAACCAGCCGCCGCCGCCGGCGGAUCAGCCGCAGAAGGGUUCCUCCAAUCUGAGCGCCUGGAUCAUCGUAGUCGUGGUGGCAGGAACCAUCUCGGGGCUGAUCCUCCUGGAGACCGCCCUCUGGUGGUGCUUCUGCCGGAACAGCCGAAGGUACGGGCCAUCGAGGGCGCACUACGCGCUGCAGGAGUACGCCUCCGGCGCGCCGGUGCAGUUCUCCUACAAGGAGCUCCACCGUUCGACGAAAGGCUUCAAAGAGAAGCUCGGAGAAGGCGGCUUCGGCGCCGUUUACCGGGGCGUGCUGGCCAACAGGGUGGUCGUCGCCGUGAAGCAGCUGGAGGGGAUUGAGCAGGGGGAGAGGCAGUUCCGGAUGGAGGUCGCCACCAUCAGUAGCACCCACCACCUAAACCUGGUCCGGCUGAUCGGGUUCUGCUCCGAGGGGCGCCACCGUCUGCUGAUCUACGAGUUCAUGAAGAACGGCUCCUUAGACCGCUCCCUCUUCUUCUCCUCCUCCCCAUCGUCAACGGUGGCACUCUCCUGGCAGACCAGGUUCGGCGUGGCCCUUGGCACCGCCAGGGGGAUCGCCUACCUCCACGAGGAGUGCCGCGACUGCAUCGUCCACUGCGACAUCAAGCCGGAGAACAUCCUCCUCGAUGACAACUUCAACGCUAGGGUUUCGGACUUCGGCCUGGCCAAGUUGGUGCAUCCCAAGGACCACCGCCAUCGCACGCUGACCAGCGUGAGGGGAACCAGAGGGUACCUGGCGCCCGAGUGGCUGGCCAAUCUCCCCAUCACCUCCAAGUCUGAUGUUUUCAGCUACGGGAUGGUGCUGCUGGAGAUCGUGAGCGGGAGGAGGAACUUCGACGUCUCAGAGGACAUAGACAGGAAGAAGUUCUCUGUGUGGGCCUACGAGGAGUUCGAGAAGGGCAACGUAGCGAGCAUCGUGGACAGGAGGCUCGCCCCGGAGGAGGUCGACAUGGUGCAAAUGGCGAGGGCCGUCCAUGUGAGCUUCUGGUGCAUCCAGGAGCAGCCCUCGCAGAGGCCGACCAUGGGGAGGGUGGUUCAGAUGCUGGAGGGGACCAUGGAGAUCGAGAGGCCUCCCCCUCCCAAGGCCACCGAUGGCCUCUCGAGCCUCGCCAGCGGAAGCGGAAGUACCAGCUUGCUCUCCACGAUGGCGACUUCGGCGGCUCCCGUUCCAUCCUCAUUUGAUUCUCUGCAGGCCCCCGGUGGGAAAUCAUCGACCUCAAGAUUGAACACGAAGAAAUCGUCCUUGUACUUGUUGGAUCCGACUGAGACAUAUUGA